UCCUCCACGUGCUUCCAAUGAAGUGAUGGAAGACAAAAUCCACAUUCAAUGUUCAUAUGGUUCCUUCCUAAUCAGAGGGUUAGGGUGAGUAAGUGAUUGCCUUUGCAUGCCACCUGGUGCACAUUCCACCUGAGCCAGUUGCCCCACCAUUCACUUGGUGGGCUUACAGGCACUUGAUGCAUUUUUUUUUUUUCAGUCGAUUCAUUUUUUUUAGGGUCUUCAAAGCACUCUCAGUCUGGCCGCUUGGCUUGGAACAACCUACCAGGAGCCGAAGCAGUUUGUAACUCUUCUUUUACAGCGCUAAACUAACACAAUUCAUUAUUAGUUAAUAGUUCUUUUGGGGGAGCUCAGAACCUGGUCUUCACUGGGCCAACUGACAGACAUUCAAGAAGAGGAAAAGAAAGUGAAGAUUACAUUUUUUGCCACCUGUGAGCUGCUUCAAGAGCAAUGCAACAAUCUGGCACUGGUCUGCUGAACCCCGAGAUGCCUCCUGUUGCACAGGGCAGCGACGGGAUCAACAGAUCUGUCAGACUGCUUUCCUUCCUUACCUCUGUUGUACCUUCAGCCAUUUCCAUCCUCUGCAUCGGACUGGUGCUGGGAGCUGCAGGAGGUCUUCUGCUGGGAGCGACAGCAGUCGUCCUGCUUCAGUCCCUGGAGCUUCUGGCUGACAACAGCACGCUCACCGACCAGUCAGAAAAAUUCAAGGACAAUGAUCACCCUUACGAAAGUAGUGAACAAGUGCGUGAUAUUAUGAUAUCACUAAUUGCAGUGGGCCAUGGUGUACUUUCCUCAAUACUGUCGGUAGCUGUAGGCCUCUCUAUUGGAUAUUCAACAAAUUCACUGUCUGAACGGGAGCAGACUGAGAGAAGGGGUGAGGCAGCGAGGGGGAAGGCCCUGGCUGUGGCCGGGUCAGUGUGUCUCACGGUCGUCACUGCAACUGGAUGCCUUCUGGGCCUCGCUUUAGAAAGUCUUCUGUCAAUUACUUUGCACGGUGCUGUUCGUCUGCUUAUAAUUUUAGAAGCGGUAUGCCUAAUGUUUCAAGUCAUGAUUUGGUUUUUACCUCCCUACGUGACCGCAUUUAUAUGUUGUAUAGUUGUUACACCGUUUGUAGCGUUGAAUACAUUUAUGAUAGGCUCUAUGUUGGGGAUAAGGUUGAGUCUUGCGUCUGUUUUUGUUCCUGUGACUGCAGCUGUAUAUUUACUUCAAAAAUCCCACCCCUUAAAACUACACACUAUGACUGUGCGAUUGAUGUUGAUCAUAUCUGAUGUUUACAGGAUUGCAGGGCAGCGGAUUGUUGCUUUACAGUCCCCACCAUCCACAACAGCAAGCAGUGUUGUUGUAGAGGACAUUUUUGUUGGCGUUUUAGCGUCUCUGAUGUGGACGGUCACUGUGGGCACGUCAUUGUGUAUGACCUUGCAAAGGGGCGGAGCAGGAAGAAUCUGUGCUACUGCUGCAGCUACUGGUUCAGCAGUUUUAGGUGCUAUCAAGUUGGGUCUACCUGUGCUGGGUCCAGGUCCCAUUAUAGGAGCUCUGACGGGGGUGGCAGGGGCAGCGGGGGUAUCUCUUGCUGCUGCAGGGGCAGCAACAGACCAGUAUCGACGAGUACGACACCAAUACGGAUUGUUUGGAAGGUUGGGGGUGACAGUGGGAGCAGCUGUAGGAGCUUUUCUCAUGUCGUGUGCCCACAGCGGGCUGUCAGCGAUGUUCAUGGCUCUGUGUGCAGCCACAGUUCCUGCUGGAGCCUUUCUGUUAAUGUUUGUACAGUCCACAUCAUUGGGGGUAAAGCAGCGUUUAUGUCUACACCUUGUACCCGGAGCUGUCACAUCAUUUACCUACACUGUUUUAUUUUAUGUAAUGCCUUCAAACUUUCACGGGGUCCAUUUUGUCACAUUUACAAUUUGCGUAUCACUCAUCUAUUUUUUGGAUGAUUUUUGGACCCAUCACUGGGUUUCGUCUAAGAGAAACAUUUAUGUCCUGCAACUGCAUGGACAAAUAAAUUAGAACACAAAAAAAUAAAUUGAUUCAGGAACACUGGAAUAUGUCGCACUGUGGGUGCUGAGCGCCCUGGGUGUCCUCCUGACAUUGCCCAACCGACUCCCCCCACACCUCUGUUCUCAACCUCAGCGGAAAUUAUCAGCAACUCCAUCGUUUUGAAGCUGUGUCACAGCCCCUAGCAUCCCAACCAAGGCCCAGGACAUGCCGCUGUUCAUCCCUGCUUCUACUAAAUACAUUUAUAUAUUCAUCCCUCAAACUACAAACAGUGACUCUGUGAUUAAUGUUGAUUAUCUCUGGUGUUUAUAACCUAACCUAAAACUGCUAAACCAGUAGCUGCAGCAGUCGGGUAGACCUGCGCUUACUCCAGGUCCCACUAUAGUUGCUCUGAUGGGGGAUUGGCAGGGUCAGCAGGGGUAUCCGGUGCUGCAGCAGGGGCAGCAACAGACCAAUAUCUACUCUGGUAUGGAUCGGUGGGACGGUUGGCUCUGUGUGCAGCUGCUCCUAUGCCCACUUUCUGCUACUUCUACCCAUUAAAUCUGCUCAGUAACUUUAGUUACUAGUUACUUCACAGAUUACAUGCUGCAUCACAGCCAAAGUAAGACAUUUUCAAAUAGAUUAAUUUUAUCUGCAUUUGGAGAAAAAGAAAAAAAAUGGUGAUGACGAUUAUCAGUAAACCGAUGGCAUAGUGUAUGUACAUGUAAAUAUACUGUAUGUAUGAUUUACUUUUACUUGUACUUUUGCUACCUACACAAUACUUGAUACUUUACUUUUUUUUAAAUUUCAACUUCAUUGCAAACGUUCAGAAUAAAGACCUUGAAACGCGACGUCUGUUUCCUGUGCCAGUUUCAUUUCUCCAGGCUGCAGUAACAGGUGAUACACGCUGCCUUCCGAAGCGUAGCAGAGAGUAAACUAAUAAAAAGGGACACUCAUAUUCUACAGCAGAGUUGGUCAAUCGUGCUCUCCACAAUUCAUUAUUUGUAUGACGUGUAUGUAUAACAUGCCUGCUGCAACCCAGAGUGGAACAGACACAGAGAGACAGAGUCUGAAGCAAGAUGGACAGGAUUCUUUGUUAAUGAGGGCGGAGGUGACGCCCGAAUGUGUCUGAGCUGCCACACUCAGGGCACACAACUCAGCACAAACACACACAGAGAGACACACACGAACCAACACAACGAACGAGGAUAAACAUGGCCCCUCGGCCAAGCCCGUGGCAGCGACCCUUUGGAAACUCUCUCCUCAGCCGCUGCCUUGUUGUUUUUUGGUCUGUUUUUUUUAACUCAGUCGGUCACUGGGUGUUGCUCGCUGGGAGCUUCGUGACAGCCCAGUAUUCGAUCAGCAGACUCACAACCUGACCAUCAAAAUUCCAACAGACCAAUAUUUCGUGUAAUUAUAUCUCGUGUGAAGCACCCUGACGUACUGUUAGCCCCAACUGCAAGCUCAUUGGUCUUUAAACUGAUAUUAGCAGGAAGUGAAUGACCAACUUUUCAUCUUUGGUGAAUUAUUUCUUCAGUCAGACACAUUUUAGAUGUUGUUUGUUUUGCACAAAAUGGAUGAUGCAUGCUGCAGUGCCUGCCCACUUACUGCAAUAUUUGC